UAAAACCGUGUAGUCUUUACUGAUGCCACUUUUCUCGUGCAGAGGCGUAUAUUCCGCUUUGCGGAUCCAUUCUGUAAAAUGCAACGCUCUGUAACGCUGUAAUAAAAAAUUAUGUAGCACUGCAAAGUCUAAUCUGCAACGUGUCUGCGAUUAGAAACGUUCUAUUUUGCAUAAGCAAAGCAGUGCGCUUAAGAAUUUUUGUCGACAAUGUACGAUUCUAUAAUGUACAUACAAUUGAUCAACGUACACGUAUUGUUAAAUUCCCGGCUGUCGUCCUACCGGAAAAUUCGCGUCGUCCUGGGGAAUCCGACGUGCGACUUGGAUUCGGCUGUGUGCGCCCUGGUCCAAGGGCUGCUGGAGCACGUGGACGCCGCGAGGCGCGGACUCGCCGACCUCGCCGUAAUAUCGGUCAUGAAUGUUCCGAAGAGGGAGUUUCGCAUCAAGACGGAGGUUGUUUACAGCCUGAGGUCUCACGGCAUCCCGUUGGACCUGCUGACGUUUAGAGAUCAGAUCGAUUUGCAAAAUGUGCAGAGCGACGGAAGGCUGGAGCUGAUCCUGGUCGAUCAUCACACUCUCGCCGACGAGGACGUCGCGUUGAGACCGGCGGUCGUGACGGUCGUCGACCAUCGGCCGUUGGACCCGGCCUGGCCGUGGCCCAACGUGUCCUUGAACGUGGAGACCGUUGGAAGCUGCGCCACCCUGGUCGCGCGCAGUGUCCUGCAGAGGAAUCCUGAUAUGCUGGACGCGCAACUCUCGAGCCUCUUGCGUGGUCCAAUAUUGAUCGACACCUAUAACAUGUCGGACGAGGCCGGGCGAGCGACUGCCACUGACGUCGACGUAUUAAACGCCCUUGAGCAACAGGGUAGACUCACGUCCGACAGAACUGAGACGUUUAGAGAACUUAUGCGCGCAAAGACGGACAUCAGUGAAUUAACUCUGGAAGAACUUAUGAUUAAGGAUCUAAAAAUGACGAAUGGAAUACCCCUCGUUGGAUUUUCCCUCCUGGUGAAAAAUUUUGUCAUGCACGAGAAUGGGGAGGAGGUCAUUGAAAAGUUUGCCAAUGAAAGAAAUUGCGACAUCGUCGUCCUGAUCGGGCAGGACGUGAUGAGGGAGCGCGUGUCCAGAGAUGUCGCAAUCUUUUCAACGCCAUGCAAUCAAUUGGCGAACGACAUAAUUCGAGCGUUGGCUGAAUCCACCCAGCCACUUCUGAAUCUAGAAUUGAUCAAAGAGACUCGAAGGGAGAGGUAUAGCCUUUGUUUGUACAGACAGGGAAAUGUGAAGGUAACGCGCAAACAGAUAUUACCGAUUGUGCAGAGAGCGACGUUGUUGCACGGAAGUGAGAAAAGUACAGCAUAAAUGUAUUAUAUAGGAUAUAGAAUUAAGGAGGAAGAUGCUGCGGUGGUAUAAAGUUUGCCAAUAAAAAAAAAAUACACGAGUA